AUGAGCAAAAAUUGGUUUUGUAACAGAGGUCUAUCACCUAUCACACAGCAUCCAAGAGAUGAAGAAAAAGAUAAGACUUCUGAAACAGUGAUUACUGAUUCACGUAAGGUGUCAUCUGUGGUUAAACAAAACAGCGACCACAGUGACUGCAACUCGGUAAUAUCUUCUACAUCCCCCAAGAUAUGCUGUACACCCCCAUCAUCAUCAAUAUCCGGUUUAUCAGAAAAUGUUCAUUGCAGUAACUUGUGCAAGGACUCUGAGUACAACGUUACCUCGAAUAACGAGAGCAUAGUGGAAGAUCCAGACCACCAAAGUGAAUCUAGCUCGUUCAUAUCUCUUACUUCGCCUAAUAUAUGCUGCACACCACCAUCAUCUUCUGUAAUUUCUGAUGCAGAAGAUGAAGAUUAUAGUCCCCACACUAGUGAAGAGGCUGAGGACGAGGAACUGGACAGGAGCGAUGAGGCCAGAGACAACUUACAUUCGGCAAGUGUCAAGAAGAAUGUUACUAUACAUGCAAAAGCUGAAUCAAUUCCCACCGCAGAAUGUGAUCAGUCUGCACCCAGUCAGUCUGGUUCUUCAUCAGUGAAUACUGGACUGUCAGGAAAGAAGAAAAAAGUUACAGUUUUCUGUUGUUUUUGUGAAUGUGAGGUUUUUCAUUUUCCACGUCAUUUGAAAAGAAACCAUACGAAUGAAAUUGAGGUACAAGAAUUUCUAGCUUUACCUGUUUUAAGCCGUAAAAGGCAACAACUGCUUUUUGCUCUAAGGAAAAAGGGUAAAUUUAUCAACUCUACGCCUUUGAGGGGAGAGGGGAUAAAACCUGUUAGAAAAGGUGCGGAAAAAACGGAAUAUCUUCCAUGCAUCCACUGUAUGGGUUACUAUUCUGCAAAGAACUUAUGGCGUCAUCGCAAACAAUGUGAUGCAAACCCGGAGAAGGGAUCGUCGGGCAAACGAUCACAGGCUUUAGGACAAACUCUGUUAUUGGGUAAUAUAAAGGUAGAUAUUGAGCUCAAAGUAAAAGUAUUUCCUCGCAUGAGACCUGACAAAGUUUCAUUGGUUGCGAAAAAUGAUAAAUUAAUAUGUGCGUUUGCUUCCCGAUAUCUGAAACUCCAUAGGGAGCUACAUUUUGUCCAAGUCGUUUCUAGGAAAAUGAGAGAAUUGGCUCGACUUCUAAUGGAGAUAAAAAAAUUAGAUUUGUCUGUGGUUACCCUAUUUGAUGCUCUAAAACCACACAAAUAUGACAUACUUGUGAAAGCAACUAAAUUAACAUCAGGAUAUGAUGACGAAAGCCAAACUUAUAAAUCCCCCACAUAUGCUAUGAACAUGGGUACAACCUUAAAACAAUGUUGCGAUGUGGCUCUUUUACACGUUCUAAAAAAAUCUAAGUCACUGCCAACAGUAGAUAAUGCAAACGUUGAGGCAGAUAUAAAAACAUGCAUCCAACUCAUAGAGGCAAAUUGGCGAUUCGAUAUUUCAACCAAUGCUGCUAAUGACCUCAACCUAAAAAAAUGGAAUAAGGUCACUUUGGUACCGUUAGCUACUGAUCUCAAACUAUUGAAGGAUUACCUCAUGAAAGUAGCUGCAAAUCAGGUAUCAAUGCUACAAAAAAAUCCAAGCAAUGAAAAAGCAUACACGUCUUUACUCGAGACAGUUUAUUGUAGGUUGCUUUUAUUAAAUAGGAGGCGGCCUGGAGAACUACAACGACUUCCCAUACAUGUUUACAAAUCCGCUAUAUCUGAGGAACACAAUCAAGCCUAUGAGGAGUUUUCAGAAGCAAUAACAGAAACCGAGAGAAUUCUAAUGAGAUCUUUCAAACGAAUAGUAAUCCGUGGAAAAAGAGGCAGAGGUGUUCCAGUUCUUAUAAGCAAGGAUGUACAGGAUCACUUGAAUCUAAUACUAGAGUGUAGAGAUAAUAUUCAGACGGUGUCGAACAUAUAUCUUUUCGGUGACAGAGGGGGGCCUGAGGGGCCGAUAGGUGGAAUUUGCGAUAGGUCCUCCUUAUACGGAGGACCUAUCAGAGCGGAGGACCUAUCGACUCUAAAAAGCCCAUGA